AUGAAUCUUUCAUUCGCUCUUAUCCUUUCAUUGACUACGUCUGUGAUCGCUGCUAAGUCUAAGCUCUCUGAUUCAUGGGAGAUUGAUGACAGCUGCGAUCCUCCAAGGCUCGAGAAGCUCGAAGAGGCCCAUUCAGAGAUCGUUGAGCUUCUCACCAAAGUCACAAAUGACCUCGCCCACGUACAACAGCCACGGCCAGCAACUCGCUGGGGGAAGCCCAAUUGGAACCGCAUCUCUCGGAACCUUGCCGGCCUCUUUGGCCUCCAGCCUAACGACGCCAUUAUUGAGAAUGGUUAUGACCCAGGAGAGCAAUACUUUAGCCAAGUCCUUUAUACCUACGAUCGAAUGUAUCAAGCCCUUGUGAACGGGAAGGCUGUCCCGGAAAACGGAUACUCUGGCAAGUUGACGGACCAAAGCCAGCAUAGUAAGCCUCUUCUCUUGUGUGGAGAUACUAGGACCUGGGAGCGCUUCGAAAAGGAUGAUCCAGAUAAGUAUGACGCCUCGAAAACGGUUGGAGAAGUUUUCCCAGAGGCGGCGAAGACAGGUGGUGCUUUCAUCCGUGCAAACCGCUAUCUCGGAGCGGGCCCUGGCGAGACAAAGCCCGACAUAUGCACGGGCAUAUACGGGAUGACACUCCCGCGGCACGACCUCAUAACAAUUUGCGAUAAUACCCUUGAACUGGACGAUGAAAAGUGGCCGGUGCGUGAUGGUGGUGCGGUAGUACAAGGCACAGAUCUUGAUCGAGACCACUUUGGCAGGCAAUCUCUAGUUCGUGUCAUGCUCCAUGAGUUUGCGCACUACUAUGGCUCUAGGAUGGAAGGGAGUGCGAUCAAAGUGUUGACGGACCAACAAGCCGUUGAUAAGAACGGAUGUCUACUAUGGUCAGACGGAUCAGCACGUCGAGUACCAGAGCCUACCAACGCAAACGGAGAACAGCUGCAAAUACAGCAUGUUUACAGCCUCAGAUAUUGCACGCAUAUCAGCAGAGAUCAAACCAACAACCAACAUGCAGGCCAAUUCGAGAAAGAUGGCGCCUGGGUGGCUGGUACACUCGGAAAUUCCGGUCCCUCUGCUGCGACCUGGACAGCUGAAACAUAUGCUUACUUCCCCAUCAUCUCGUAUUUAGAUAAGUGGGAAUGGUUGACCACAGGGAAGGCUAGUCCACUUUGA